AUGUAUCCAGGUAUUUUGACAUUAGCUUUGAUAGAGUUGAAUCAUUUGAAGUGCAAUGGAUUAGAGGACGAUCUAUGUCAGGAACAUGCGAGAGCUAGCAACUUGAGAGAAUGCACUAACACCAGAGGAAUCUGGAAUUUUACAGAAGACGACGUUCUGCCGGAGGGAACUGGUGUUGUGGUGGUGCCGUCGAUGGUGCAUCGCGAUCCGAAAUACUGGAACGAUCCACAAGUAUUCCGGCCUGAACGAUUCAUUGAUGGAGAGCUGAAACAUCCCUACGCUUACAUUCCAUUUCCAGCUGGCAGCAGAAAUUGCAUAGGCCAACGCUUCGCCAUGAUGGAAGAAAAAUGCAUACUUGCGCUGUUGAUGCGACAUCUCCGUGUGCUUUCGCUUCUCCGUACAAACGAGAUGCGCGUCGCUGCUGAGCUCAUCAUUCAUCCACUCCACGGAAAUCGGAUAAAGUUUGAAGAGAGCUUAUGGUGA